AUGCCACGAAAUUCAGAGCAGUCUGACUUCGAGAAAGGCGUAAUUGUCGACUAUCAUAGAAAUGUCCGAUCCUUAAGGGAUUUGUCUAGUGAGUUAAACAUUCCAAAAUCGACAGUGGCCUUUGUGAUUAAGAAGUGGAAGGUGAGGGAUUAUUGUGGGAAUGUGCUUCAACCCAGAAGAACCAUGAAAAGAUUAAAAACCGAAGGAACCGUAAAUAAAGAGCCUAGAAGUGGUCGUCUGAGAUUUUCUUCUAAACGUGCUGAUGCUACAUUGACGCGAUUAAGCCGUAAAAAUAGAUAUACAAGUUCUGCUACACUUGCAAGAGAAUGGAAUGAGUCCACAUCUGUCAUUACCAAUUCUAGAACAGUUUGUAGGAGGCUUUGUGAAGCUAGUUACAAGGCACAAGUACCUAGAAAAAACACAGUGCUGACGAAAGCAAUGUGGGAAAAACUAUUGGAGGGGGCCAAAGUGCACAAAAAUUGGAGUAUUUCGCAAUGGAGGCAAGUUAUAUUCAGCGACGAAAAUCACUUCUCUUUAAUGUGUGAGAAGCCUGGCCACGUUUGA